AUCAUGGGUAGUAUGGUAGAGACUUUUAUACCUUUAAUUGGCCAUUUUGUAAACAAUAAAACUUUCCAAGUUGUUUUUCGAAAAUUAUGACAUUUGGGACUAUUUUGUGAAAAUGUAGACUGAAAACGCCAGAACUUUGAGAGGGAGGGGGGCUAUUUGCAAGAGAUGGACAAAAGGAUGAGAAAGUUAUUUGGACCGAAAGUGAACUACAUAUUAUAAUGAUUAAAUAAACUAUAGCAUCUUUAAGCUAUGGCAAAAUCUGAUGAAACUUCAGUCUGUUUACCUAUUGGUGUAUUCUGGGACAUAGAAAACUGCUGCGUACCUAAAUGGAAAUCUGCCCUUCUUGUGGUGAAAGCUGUCCGAGAGAAACUCUUCAAUGGCCAUCGUGAGGUGGAGUUUAUGUGUGUCUGUGAUACAUCCAAGGAGAGAAAAUAUAUUAUACAGGAGCUAAAUCAAGCUCAGGUAAAUGUUGUACACAUAGAUGCAGUUAGCAAGAAUGCUGCAGACGACAAAUUACGACAAAACAUCCGACGGUUUGCAGAUACACAUUUGCCUCCUGCGAGAAUAGUCCUGAUUUCAAGUGAUGUAAAUUUUUCCACUGACUUGUAUGAUCUCCGAUACAGGAAGAAAUUUGACAUAAUCCUUAUACACAGUCACCAUGUCCAUGACUCGUUAAUACACUCUGCGACUGAAAAUUACUUAUACGAAGACCUGAUUAAAGAUAUCCCUUGUAGAUCUCCUUCAAAGGGUAUAGAUGGGGAUGUUGAAUUGACUGUUACUGGAUUCCCUGAAGAUUUAGAUCAUAAAUGUGUGAAAUCUAAGCUUCAAAAACUGUCCUCUAACACAGGUGGUAGAGUAGUGUGUGUGACUGACGAAUAUGCCUUAUUACGAUUCAAAACAAACACCUUGGCAAAACGGGCUAAACGAAGAAUGGAUGGUCAGGAUUUCUAUGGGAAUAAGAUAAAUGUGGAUUUCUCUGGGCAGGGACAGUACACAGAAAAUAAUAAUAAUAAUUACAGUAAUAGAGGUCAACUUGACAACCGUAAUAAUGUUAGCCCUAAUAGAACCAGACCAUACUCCCAGUCUCACAGAAAAAACUCCCCGCCCAAAUCUCGUCUACCAUUUCCUCAACCCAUUGUAGCAAAUGAAGACAACUCUUACCCAAGUUCAGGAGAAGUUAGCCCCCUUGAUGCCUUGUUGUCUGGCCAGCUGGAAACUAUCACUGAAGACAACACAAGUGGAGUUGGACUUCAGGGGCUGGUCAAAAAGUUUAGUCAAGAAAACAAGUCAAGUAGACAGUUACUAAUGUUACAGCAGCAGAUAUACCAGGAAGGUCAGGUUCCCAUUGGCAGUGAGUCUACACAGUUCUACUCUCAAUAUACCAAGUACCAGGAGACCAGUUACUAUGGUUACAGUAACCAUUGGCAACCACAAGGUUACCAGGACAACAGACAGUAUAUUGAUUGUUACCAACCACCUCAACUCUACAACGAUUAUAAUGGCAGUUAUUACCAGUACCAAAAUCCCCAGAAUCCCUCUCCUACAUAUCCCUAUGGCAACAUGAAUGGGCCUACUACCAACAAUAGAUUUCGACCAAUCAGAUCAGCCUCUCCCAGUGAGAGUUCAGCAAGCUCCUCCCCCUGUGACUUCAACAGUGAAGAGUAUCCUGGAGCAGUUGACCUACUUAUCAGUAACCUUGACUACAAUAUCAGUCCCAGAGAGUGGAAGCACAUCUUGUCCACAACCUUUCAUCCCCACAUUAAGAUAUUGUAUAUAGAUGUAUCUCUACAGCCAGACAAUACUUCAUUAGGUCUGAUCAAGGUUGGUAGUAUAGAGGAAGCUAGAUUUGCUAUCUCACAGUUCCACAGGAAAAAGAUAGGUUACAAGAGGAUUCAUGUCACUCUGAAAUCUGGUGAUGAAAAUAAAACCGUAUCUACUGUAAGGUCAGAGGCUAUUGCAUUAUUGUCUGAGGCCAAAGACAAUGUUCUCCCACUCUUCAAGUUUAUAGAACUCUUCAAUAAAAGAUUUAAUCGUUCAGUAAGCGUUGCCGAGUUGUACAAGAUGAAGGACACUAUUGAGAUUCGUGAACAAGGUGGAGCCGGACGUAUGAUACACCUGGCACCGGAACUACGUAAAACCGAGCAACCAAAUGACACGGAAGAUGGAGAAGUGCAGGAGAUAAUUGAACAAAUAGUUUGUCCCUAUCACUGUCCAGAAGGUAGCACAAUGUAUACGGAGGCUGUGAACACAUCAAUACUGCCUAAUGUCAAACUACAACUGAAAACGUUCGCUCCUCAAGUUCACUCUCUUCUCAUGACACAUGAUGGGGAUCUUCCAUUAUUGAGUUUCACGUCCUGCUUUAGUGUUGAGGUGGCACCAUUAGUUUAUGUAUAUGAGGGAGGUGUACCACUGGAGCAUCUUAUCAGCUGUGUGCCCGGGGUUCAGAUUGUUGUCUCCCCUACUGGUGUAAAGAAAGUUCACUGGGCAGAAAACAAACCUCCAAACUCACCUGAUUUGAGUCGAGGAGGUCAACAAUUGGCUGUAUUUAGUAAGGAAAUUAUUGAUUUACUGAAGAGCACACCCAACUGUAGACUGGCUUUUAGUAAAUUUAUACCCUGCUACCACCAGCAUUUUGGGCGACAGUGCCGAGUGGCAGACUAUGGCUACAACAGACUGCUGGACGUGUUUGAAUCUAUUCCUCAUGUUCUUCAGGUGUUGGGUACUGGUGAUAGGAAAGUGUUGACUCUGACCCAUCGAGCCCAGGUGAAGAGGUUUACAGCUGACUUGAUCCGUCUGUUGAAGAACACACCUGGCAGAAUGCUGUACCUGUCUUCACUUACUGAGGAGUUCUGUAAACUGUUCAACAAGAAUUGGGAUAUAGUAGAGUAUGGUGUGUGUCAACUAGAUGACAUGCUAUCUGAUAUACCAGUAGGAACUGUGGAGAUUUUGACAGAGGGACAUGAUACAAUCAUUGCUCUGCCAAGAAAAGAUCAGACACCUGAGGAAAUGGAGAGAAUGAAGCAGUUUGCACUGGAAGUGGUUGACCUACUUUCUCACAGUCACCAGUGUCAUAUGCUGUUUAACAAAUUUGUACCAGCUUACCAUCAUCAUUUCGGACAUCAGUGUCGGGUCAGUGACUACGGCUUUACUAAACUCCAGGAUCUAUUUGAAGCACUUCCAAAAAUUGUGGAGCUUCUAGAUGAAGGGGAGGAGAAGAUCAUACGUCUUACAGAACCAGAGUUACGUAAAGUUAUAGGGGAUCAUAUAGUUAGCCUACUUAAACAGAAGAAAGUUCAGUGUUACCCGCUGGAUAAUAUCAUGGUAGCUUUCACACAGCAUUAUGGGUACACCAUACCAAUGGAAGAUCUUCAUGUGUAUAGUAUGGAACAAUUGAUGGCAAAGUUAAAACAUGUUCUCAAGGUUGAAGUCUAUGAUGGCAAACAGUAUGUUGUGCUGUCAGACCGCAGUAGUGCUCCCCCUUUAGCUAGACAGGUUCUACAACUCUUGAUGGACCAAAGUGGGGGUAGUCUCCCUUUGAUGGAACUGUGCAGCAGGUACAAAACUACAUUUGGAAUAGAUCCUGAUGUACAAAAAAUAAAAGAGGAGUUACUGGAUUAUGUUCAGAUUUCCGGUGACGAUGAAUCUGGAGUUAUCAGUCUCACCCGCCUUCAGGUGCUGGCACGAGAUAUCCGUGUGUUACUACAGAAACAUGGCAAGAUGUCACUGGCACAGUUUGAGAGAUUAUUCUACGAGCAAUAUUGUGUGGAGAUUAAACCAGCCCUGUAUGGUUUUCCAACAACUGUUGCCCUGCUGAUGGACAUACCACAUGUGAUCAGUAUAAAGGGGAAAGGAAACAGAAGGAUGGUCCACUUAUCAGGGGAUUUACAAGGGUCACUACCUAUUAUAGAUGAAUCUUAUACCAGACCAGAUUCAGACACGCCUUCUAAUGAUUCUGGCUCCGCCCUCACUGAUGAAGACACACCUGUUGAACAGAGAAAAUUCCUCCCAGCUGAUCUAAUGAGUGGCUCUGUCCCCUCUAAUGUACCAUCACCUACCCUCAGACCUGAUCAGUUUGGACAAGUUAUAGAUCUGAUCAAAUUUGAGAGUCAAACUCCAGAUACAAGAGAUAAAAUAUUUUCAUCUAUCACUGAUGAUGAGCGUUCCAAGCAGCAGACACCCCUUUGUCAGACGCCAACAUCCCAGCUUCUCCAGCUCGCAGCUCAGUUCCUCCCUACACCACCUCCAACCCCAGUUGAUGAAUUAAACUCAAAGACAAGCAAUGAGGAUAAUGCUACAAGUGGAAAUGAACCCAAAGGAAAUCAGCCAGAAGAUAUUUUGAAUUUGAUAAAGCAAGGAUGGUGGAGAGCUAGUCCAAGUCAACUACAGGAAGUAAGUGAAAGCAUCAAAAAUGCUGGACUGGUUGAGAAGAUGGCACAAAUUGAAAGUGAGGCUUUGCUUGAAAAUGAGGCUCAGUCAGUUACAGAGAGAGAUGAGACUGGUUCUCAUUUAUUAAGCAGUUCUGAAAUUUCUACACAUACUGAAGCUUGCAGCGCUGACACCAGUCAGAAACAAGAUAAGAACAAUAAUGAGAAAACAAAAAAUUAUCAACAGGAUUAUAAAGCAGCCAUUAAUAGUUUAUCUGCAACUCUUUCAUACCUAAGAGAGCAAAAUGAGGAGCAAGAUGCUAAAACUCGGGCAAAGGACACUUUGAAAGAAAAUACAGCAAACCAGUCAGAGACUAAAAAUUCAGUUGACAAAUCUCCGAUUGCUCUUUGUCCGCGCCCUCUGCAGCCAGGUUCUUAUUGGUAUUCUAAGCAGUUUCAGACUAAAGAUAGUUUGCAAGAGUUGCCUAGCAACAGCAGUGACGAGGUACGAAAAGUUCUUGCAGAACUUGCCCACCAUAAACCAAAACAAAAUACUGACACUGAUUCUAAAACUGUAACUCAGUCUGUUUCUUCAGUUCUUGCGGACAUGCCUACUCCUCAUGCAAGUAUUGAUUCAAGUGAGUCAUUCUCCAAUGAAACAAUUACCCCAGAUUUGAGCAGAGAAAAUAUAUCUAAAGCCGACAUGGUUACAAAAAAUCUGGAAACCUCUGAAAAAGAACGCAAUAAAAGAGAGGAAAUGAAGAAACUUGAUGAUGCUUUGGAGAUGGAGAUCAAGCAGACAGAGCAGUAUGUACUCAACCAAGCUUUAAAAUCUAAAACGGAGAAAAAUUCAAACAGAAUUUUCGAACAUAAUUUCGAAAGCUGCGUUGCUGCAGACUGCAUGUGCUACGAGGCAGUGUUUCGUCAGGAUCACCCAAUCGAAACAAGCUCGUUGAGAUCUGAUUCAAGCUUCACAGAGAGUCCGGACAGCUCACCGCAGAAAAAAAUAUUGCAACGUCAGCAGAAACUUAGCUCAAGUACAUUGAGUGAUGAGUCUGCAAACAGUUCUAUAAAUAAACGCAAGUCGAGAAUUGCGGCUAAGUUCGGACAACCAUUAGAGUGAAAUUUUAAUUUACUCUAUGAUAGUGGUUAAAUAGGUGUAUUUUGUCAGAUACAUGAAGGUCCUAUGCAGGUCCUUAUAUUUGCUAUAGGUUUAUUCUUUUAUGUUUUCUGAUGCAUAGUUGUUCAAGACAAUUUAUUAUUGAUUUUAUUUUUGAUUUUCUUGCUGAUAUUUCUUGUAUUUGUGAAGAAUACACUUUACAAUUUGUGUGUGGAUACAAGGUUGGGAUUGUUGAAAUGACAUUUUGUAAUGGCAAAGUUGUUUCAAGAAAAGUUUAUUUAGUAUACUUCUUAUACAUAAAGGAAGUAGGAUAUUUAGCAACUAAGAGAUGAAGUCACUGAACAUUGAUAUACUGGAAUUUUACAUUUUAAUUUUCAUUAAGGCACUGAUAAUGAGAAUAAAAUACAUAUGUUAAGGGACGAAGCUUGAUCUUAAUUCAUGCGUAAUUUAAAUUCUUUAGGGGUAUGGUGAGAUGCUGUUAAUUUUUCUUUAUUCGGCAGGUGCAUUUUGUUAAAUGCUCAUGAUAUUGAAUAAGGAUAAUCUUAUUAUUAAAAAUUAUGAUAUUUUUCAUCGAAUUUUUAUAAAUCAGUUAUUCUGUCCUUUAAAGAGGUCAGUUACUGAUCCAAGUUCUCCUGUCAGCAGAGUGUUUUACAAGUAGUUAAAGUUUUCAGUAUAUGACUGUUCAAUGGCUGCCUUAAACCAGACUAACACAAGAUAACCCCUUGUAGACUGGUUCAGGCUGAAUGAUGUGAAUAGUGAUAUAGAAUACUGAUAUACUCUUCUAAACUGCCACUCUUUUAUUGAUACCACUCUUUAAUUUAUACCACUCUUUUAUUAAUAUAAGUUUUAUGCUUUCUGAUCCCAAUUAUGGGAUAAUGGCUAAAAGAUGUUCAUAUUGGCCUGGGGAUUACAUUCUGUUUGCAAGUGACUCAAGUUUGUUCCUCAGAAGCUAUCUUGAAAAUUUCACUAGACAAUAAUGCAAAAAAAAUGCCAAGUCGCAAGGUGGCAAAAAUGGCAUAAUGAUUUAUAAAGUCUUGUUAUGAUGGCAUUUAAAGACCUUAGAAACAUAAAUAAGUAGGUAUUAAUUUUCAUUUCCAAAAAUAGCGAGUUCUUGCAUAGUAUGGUUAACUGCACUUAUAGAUUUAUUUUGGACAAAACAUUGAAAAAUUUGUGUAAAUUUUAAAGAAAGAAAGUGUUCAAAAGUGGCAGUUUUGAAGUGUAUAUAGAGUAUAUAAGUAUAUAAUAUCAGUUAAUGAUCAAAGUUUAUCAACAAUCUGGAACAGAAAUGGUUGUAUACUUGUACUUGAGGGUUCCAAAUUCCUAGAGAAAUUUUGGAAGUAUUUUGUGCCAAGAGCCAAUUUACUGCAUUUGUAUAGGUAACUUAAGUUACAAAUUUAGGUUGCUGAUAAAUUUUUGGACAUAACUCCUGGAGGAGGAACUGUAACACCCUGAAAUAGAUGUGUUGCCUUGUAAAUAGAUGUACAGAUUUUGUUAAGGCUACAGUAAAUAACAUGUUGAUGAGAAUUACUGUGUAAGAGAUAUUUAUGAGAAAAGACUCGAAGUCUUGAAGGUUUGUGAAUUUUUUCUUUAUAAGAAGCAUAUUGUAUAUAGAUGUUGAUGAUAAGUCUUGAUGGCACUUUUUUACUUUUAUUGUCUUUGUAAGAUAUUCUUUAUUGAAUGCUGUGAAUUGUGUUGAACAAUUUUUUUUGCCAGUAAGUUAUAUGAUGUUAACAUGCCUCUCACCACUGUAGGUUUGAGCUGCGCAAGAGUUGUCGGAUUCUUUCAUAUGAGAAAGCUAUCCAGCUGGCUUACCGAACGUUGGUGUUUCUACUCGGGUACCCGUUUGUGCCAAAAAUAAUGGGCACGUGCACCUGAGGUCUUCCUUCACCAAUAAAGCUGGAAAGUCGCCAUAUUACCUUUACUGUUUGGAGCCAUGUAAAACCCAACCAAAACAUAUAUAUAUACAUGUAUAUAUUAGUAUAUAAUGUUAACAAAACUUUGUAAAGGCUCUGUAACAGAUUAAAAUUCAACUUGACUUAGCUAUAAAUCCUAUUUAAAAAAAAAAUAAAUUGCCAGUUAUGUAAUGGUUGGGGAAAUGUGCUAUUAAAGAAAUAUUUUUCAAUGAAUAUUGUUUUCUUUAAAUUUUGCUUAGUUCCUUUAGUUAUUUAUUACAUAAAUAGAUCAUUUUUAAAAGCCUUUCCUCUUAAAUUUAAGACACGAAAAGUAUGGGUAAUCUUUUGCAAAGAAAACUUUACAAAUUCUUCUGUAUUGAGUAGAAAAAAAACACAUGCGAGAUAAAAUUUAUGUCCUUAAUAAAAAUUAUAUAUCUUGCAAAGACAAUAAAGUAGAAGCCAUAUAACCAGACAAACACAAGAAUAAAUUCUUGUUGCCUGGUUUACAUGUGUUUGAGCCAAUGAAAUAUUUGUAACACAACUCUUUUUCUCUUGCAUAGAUACAUUAGAAUAUUACCAUAGACCAAAAUUGACCUUUUAUAAAACUAUCAGUUGUAAUAAUUGUUAUGUAUUAUAAAUAAAUAAAAAACAAACAAAUCAAAAACCUUCUGUAGCUAAAGAUAAGUUUUAGGUUUUCAUGUUGUCUUUAUAACAAAUAAUGUCUUUUUGGCUGUGUGAAUUGUACCGAUUUCAAACCACUUGCAUGUAUGGGUUCAAAUCUCACCAGUAUUAUUAGAGGUAGCUGUCUAGCUGUCUUAAAGACUGUUGCUUUUCCAGGAACCUGAAGUGUCAAGUCUGUGCAGCUUCACAUUGUUUCUGGCACACACCUGCACAUGGUAUUUUUCAUCUACCAGGUAGAACUUAGGAAAGUUACUGUGAAUUUAAAGUGACAUACAACUUUGUUAAAAUAAAAGUAGACAAAUGUAUGAAGAAUUUAUAGGAGUUGAAUUUGCAAAUAUUUCAUUGGUAAUAUUGCAUAAGAGAGAUGUAUGUAAAUAAGUUGGAGAAAGACAUUUGUUAAUUAUGAAUUGGUGAAGGUCAGUUUUUAUAGAGUUUUGGCAUUGUGAUAUGUUUAUGACUUAUUCUUUUUGAAUCAAUUUUUUUUUUCAGUUUCUGUUUCAGAGAUUUGGUAUCAUCGCAUGUGGCAUGUUAAUAUUUAUUUAACCCAUAACUUAAUGAUUUUGUGUAUGCUUUGAAAUUGGUUUAGUCCAUUCAAACUUAAGGGAUUUCAAUAUCAUUAUACAAAAAAUUUGAUGGUUCUAUACUAGUAGCAAAAUUAUAUUUUGUAUGAAUUUUGAAUUUGAUAACAUGUGAAAAUAUUUACAAAUAAUGGAUGUGAAUCAAAUUUUUGCAAUUUAUUAGAGUUAUGGAUUAGUUAAAUGAGCCGCGUCAUGACAAAAUGAACAUAAUGGGUUUGGGACCAGCAUGGAUCCAGACC